AGCACUGUUCUCUCCGUCCCCCUCCCCCAGACUGAGGAUUGGGCAAUACCAUACAGCCUCAGGAAAGAGGGGAAUAGCGAUCGUUACCCCCCCACCCGCUGAUAGGUGAGUGGGUGGAGGCUGAGUUUCCCGCAACGGCUACACCUGGGCACUGGAGACUGAAGAAGAACGUGAGAGUCUUAAGUUCGAAGACCUUUACGGGCGGGGAAUAGUUCCUGGUGGGAAGGAUGGGAUGUUAGGUGGAGAGAGUCCAGCGGUCCCCCCUGCUUCUGGCGCGGGUCCCCUCGCCCGUUUGUGGAGCGUCGAGCGCGGGGAGGGGGCGGGUGGGGGGCGGCGGCGGUUCGCGGUGUUGUUCGCUGGCGCGUCGAGCACACGGUGAGUCCGGCGACCGGCGGACGCCGCAGGCGGCGGUCCCUGUGCCUCGUAGCCUUAGCCGCUGGCCGGAGCGGGUUCUACCCCGGAGCCCGACGUUCCUGGGGGCUCUAGGUGGAGUCUGGAGAGCUGAGGGGGACCGGCGGCCACCGUCGAAGCAUGAAGAAGGGGUAAGCAAGAGCCCCCCUAAGAUUUCACGCAUGCCCCCUAGCUUCGGCACUCUGACGCCUUCUCUUGCACUUGCGGAUGAUGAACUGAAAUGAUGAAAAGACAGCAUUUCUGACCUGAACAUUCACGACCUGUCUUAUAACCGAUUAAUUAGUUAAUCCCUAGGUACACUAGGUGAACUGGCACAGAGGUUGAUCUCAACAUGCCAUUAGUAAAAAGAAACAUCGAUCCAAGGCACUUGUGCCACACGGCACUGCCUAGAGGUAUUAAGAAUGAACUGGAAUGUGUAACCAAUAUUUCCUUGGCAAAUAUAAUUAGACAACUAAGUAGCCUAAGUAAAUAUGCUGAAGAUAUAUUUGGAGAAUUAUUCAAUGAAGCACAUAGUUUUUCCUUCAGAGUUAACUCACUGCAAGAACGUGUGGACCGUUUAUCUGUCAGUGUUACACAGCUUGAUCCAAAAGAAGAAGAAUUGUCUUUGCAAGAUAUAACAAUGAGAAAAGCUUUCCGAAGUUCUACAGUUCAAGAUCAGCAGCUUUUCGACCGCAAGACUUUGCCAAUUCCAUUACAGGAGACAUAUGAUGUUUGUGAACAGCCUCCUCCUCUCAAUAUACUCACUCCUUAUAGAGAUGAUGGUAAAGAAGGUUUGAAGUUUUAUACCAAUCCUUCAUAUUUCUUUGAUCUAUGGAAAGAAAAAAUGUUGCAAGAUACAGAGGAUAAGAGGAAGGAAAAAAGGAAACAGAAGCAGAAAAAUCUAGAUCGUCCUCAUGAACCAGAAAAAGUGCCGAGAGCACCUCAUGACAGGCGGAGAGAAUGGCAGAAGCUGGCCCAAGGUCCAGAGCUGGCUGAAGACGAUGCUAAUCUCUUACAUAAGCAUAUUGAAGUUGCUAAUGGCCCAGCUUCUCAUUUUGAAACAAGACCUCAGACAUAUGUGGAUCAUAUGGAUGGAUCUUAUUCACUUUCUGCCUUGCCAUUUAGUCAGAUGAGUGAACUUCUGACUAGAGCUGAGGAGAGAGUCUUAGUGAGACCACACGAACCACCUCCACCUCCACCAGUGCACGGAGCAGGAGAUGCGAAACCCAUACCCACCUGUAUCAGUUCUGCUACAGGUUUGAUAGAAAAUCGUCCUCAGUCACCAGCUACAGGCAGAACACCUGUGUUUGUGAGCCCCACCCCCCCACCUCCUCCACCACCUCUUCCAUCUGCCUUGUCAACUUCUUCAUUAAGAGCUUCGAUGACUUCAACUCCUCCCCCACCAGUACCUCCCCCACCUCCACCUCCAAGCACUGCUUUGCAAGCUCCAGCAGUACCACCACCGCCAGCUCCUCUUCAGAUUGCCCCUGGAGUUCUUCACCCAGCUCCUCCUCCAGUUGCACCUCCUUUAGUGCAGCCCUCUCCUCCAGUAGCUAGAGCUGCCCCAGUAUGUGAGACUGUACCAGUUCAUCCACUCCCACAAGGUGAAGUUCAGGGGCUGCCUCCUCCCCCACCACCGCCUCCUCUGCCUCCUCCUGGCGUUCGACCAUCAUCACCUGUCACAGUUGCAGCUCUUGCUCAUCCUCCCUCUGGGCUACAUCCAACUCCACCUACUGCUCCAGGUCCCCAUGUUCCAUUAAUGCCUCCAUCUCCUCCAUCACAAGUUAUACCUGCUUCUGAGCCAAAGCGUCAUCCAUCAACCCUACCUGUAAUCAGUGAUGCCAGGAGUGUACUUCUGGAAGCAAUACGAAAAGGUAUUCAGCUACGCAAAGUAGAAGAACAGCGUGAACAGGAAGCUAAACAUGAACGCAUUGAAAAUGAUGUUGCCACCAUCUUGUCUCGCCGUAUUGCUGUGGAAUAUAGUGAUUCAGAAGAUGAUUCAGAAUUUGAUGAAGUAGAUUGGUUGGAGUAAGAAAAAUGCAUCGAUAAAUAUUACAAAACUGAAUGCAAAUGUCCUUUGUGGUGCUUGUUCUUUGAAAAUGUUCGGUCAUUCUAGUGUUCUGGUUUCUUUUCCUUGUUAAAUAACCCUUUCCUCCAUGAUCUUUGAUUUCUAAGAAAAAAAUUUCAACUAAAUGUUUUAUAGUGGCUACUAAAUGUUUUAUAGUGGCUUAUCAUAUUUUUUCCCCAGAAAAGACAUAAUUCGAUCAAAUAAACCACUAAGUAUUAAGCAUGGAUAGCUGUUGUUAGAGUAGCAGAUUCAGUUUUUCUGUAUAUAUUAAUUGUGCACUUUGUGAAUUUUAAUUUAAAGAAAGCAACUGAGAUUGAAUCUUGAGGGCAGCUGCAUCUAUUAAUGAGCCUUAUUACAUUGCCAUAUGUUUUACAAGAAGAAACACUGCCUUGGUUUUAUGAGUACAUUCAGAAAGUACAUUUAGCUUGUAGUGUUGAAUUCUCUUAAAGGAAUGCUUGAAUUCUUGUUUAAUUAUUGUUUUAUUGUUUUUAAAUACUUAUUUGAAUGUUUAGCAGUGCCCCUUUCCCACUUAUAUAUUGUGUGGUACAAUUUUGCUUGCCUGUAAGAGUUUAAAAUUUUUCCAUGUGAAAUACUCUGACUUAAACAUACAUGUAACUUCCAUAACUGUUAAGAAUAACAGUCUGAUUUAAUAAAUGGUUCAUUUUAAAGGUU